AGCGAACAAAUCAUAGAGAAUCUGCAAGCACUAGGGACCAUGACGACUACUUCAUCGAAGCGUAGCAUUACAGAGAGCGAAGAUAGUUCCCUGUCAGACUCAGCAUCAGGAGGCGGAGAUGAAAAAACGAUCCCAUUUUUAAGACGUCUACGGGAUAUGCUGCUGGAGAACGACGACGUAAUUUCCUUUUCUCCUGGGUAUCUUAGCGACGGAAAAAGGGUUUUGGGACGUCUUAUUGUACACGAUCGACUGACAGUAGAGGCGAAAGUGUUGCCACGAUAUUUCAACCACUCCUCUUUUGCGUCGCUACGCCGGCAAUUGAACUAUUUCAGUUUCGUAAGAGUUGGCAAGGGUCGUCAAAGGGAAUCGACUUACAUCAAUGAAGAUGUUGUAGAUCUCAACGACAUUCUGCAUCUCAAACGUCGUCCCGCAUCCGCUGGGCUUGCGAUAAAUACCGCGAUAGUUACGCAACAUUUGGAAACUGAUCUUGGCUCCAUGGAAAGCAGAUAUGUGGACUCGAUCGUGCCCGUCGUGCACUUGAAACCACAUUAUCUUGGUAGCACCGCUCCUGUCAAGAAGCAUGCCAAACGUCAGCGGCUAACACCGAAGCUUCUUCGCUGUGACCGUUCUUCACCUCCUGCAACGUCAUCAUUAAACAACUUUGUCAGUGAAGACGAGCACUCGGAAACAAAGCGCCAUUACAUUGCUCUGGAUCUAACCAAGUCUUCAUUGGUCUCCAGAGUGGAUGAAGACGAUGUGUUGGCCGGUUGCAGUGCCCUGCUAGGCUUGGCCCGAAGGUCUUGGGAGUAGGAAUCUGGUUUUUGAAGGGAGAAGCACCUUCUUUCGUUUUUGAUGAAAGCAUUGACAAUGUUUCUUUGUAUUGUAUAUUGUCAUAAUCGAAGUAAAUUCAUGCUUGUACACUGGUU